CAGCGCUGCGCGCCCCGCGCCUAGCGCCCCGCUGCCUCGAGGGCCACGGCCACCCGGACCCCGUCCCCGCGACGCAUUCCGGUCCUCCAGUCGCAUCCCGGUCCCCGGGCAGCCCCUGCAGCCGCGCCACCACAUCCCUCCGGAGGUGCCAUGUGGAGAGCGCGGAGAGGAUGCGCGGUGGCCCGAGCGCUGGUCCUGGCCACGCUGUGGCUGGCCGUGUCCGGGCGUCCCCUGGCCCGGCGACCCCGGGCUCUGUCCGACCAAGGGCCACAUCUGCACUACGGCUGGGACCAGCCCAUCCGCCUGCGGCACCUGUACGCCGCGGGUCCCUACGGCGUCUCCAACUGCUUCCUGCGCAUCCGUAGCGACGGGGCGGUGGACUGCGAGGAGGGCCAGAGCCAGCGAAGUUUACUGGAGAUACGGGCUGUAGCUCUGGAGACCGUGGCCAUCAAGGAUGUCAGCAGCGUCCGGUACCUCUGCAUGAGCGAGGACGGCAAGAUACAAGGGUUGGUUCGUUACUCAGAGGAAGAUUGUGCCUUCAAGGAGGAAAUUAACUACUCUGGCUACAACGUGUACAGGUCCUCGAAGCAUCACCUCCCAGUGGCCCUGAGCGGGGCCAAGCCCAGGCAGCAGUUCACUAACAAAAGCCUCCUUCGGCCCUCCUACUUCCUCCCCAUGCUGCCCCAGACCUCGGAGGAGACCAGGGAGCAGCUGGAAUCCGAGAUGCUGUCUCUGCCCCUGGAGACUGACAGCAUGGACCCAUUUCGGAUGGUGGACGACGUGGGGCUGGUGAAGAGUCCCAGCUUCCAGAAGUGAUGCAGAAAACAGGCCCUUUAGGAAGUAACGUAGAAGUUGUACAUAUUCCGAGUCUCACAGUGACUGUGUGGGCAUGUAGCAGCGAGACAUGAUCGCAAACUGCAAGCCGGCCACCUGCCUGCUGCCAGUUGAGCUCCACUGUCCUUGGGGGGUGCUGAUCUGUGGCUAAGCCACUCCCUCUACAGAUGGGAAACUCAGGCCCAGCAGAACAGUUCCUCAUUUUUGAGCCAAAUCUGUGACUCUACAACAUUUUCAGCAGGUACCGGUGGAAGACAAGAAGAUGUUUUUAAUUAACGUACAGGAGAUGAGCUUGAAGCAUCAGUUGACUGACUGGACCCCAUGGGGGUCUCAGCUCCGGGGACCUAUUCAGAACUGAUGGGUCCACAGACUCACAGACUUUGAUAACAAGGGCAGCCGGAGCUCUGGUUCCAGGAAACCUUGGGAACUCCCCCAGGCUGGUGUUGAGAUUAGGGAUAAUAGCCGGCCACCCCCUUGCCCUCUAGUCCAAACCAGGCAGAAGUGACCACUUGUGUCCCAGUGCAGAGGCAGGCAGUGUGAACAGCCAAUCCCAGCAGGUUGUUUGGUCACGUGACUCCAGGCUUCAGCAUUCCAUAUUCCCCCCAGUGCCCUCUAACCCGUGAGCAGGUGGCUCCUGGACCACCCACUUGUUUCUCUAGCCCUCCUAUACCUCUUGCCCAGGCAUUAUGUAGACUGGGGUGUCCCCACUGCCUGUGGCAGUGUGCACCCCUCAUUUACAAACCAGCGACAAGAUUAAGAAGCCCCAAGUUUUGCCAACACCUUGCAAAAACAGCAGGGGAAACGUGAAAUUGUUCC